UAUAGAAAGUGGUGAUUUUGGUUUGGUUGUUGACUUUUUUUUUGAUUAGUAAAUUGUUUUAAUUUAUUUGUUUCCAGGCCAAAAAUAAUAUGAUAAGUUGAUAUGCAGGAAUUGAUUUUACAUUCGCCUGCUCAUGGCGACCCUUGUGUUUAUUAUUGGCCCAUUGAUGACAAGGCCAGAGGUGAAGGUGCGCUUGAAAUUAUUGAGACCAUCAAAUGGGUUUGUGAUGAUUUCCCGGAAAUGAAACUGGCCCUUGAUAAUCAUAUACUUUCUGGUUGUGAUCUUAAAAGCUAUGAAAGUAUGAAAAUUGUUUGUGAUCGGUUUAAUCGGGUAAUUGCUUCAGUUCGUCAAAUGAGAGCUGGAACAUCUUUACCAGUUGCAGUACCUACUCGUCCAUCUGUAGGCCUUCUGAGACACAUUAUCCAAAAAGCUUAUAAUCACGCGGUUACUGAUCCUGAUAAACUAAACAAUUAUGAACCCUUUUCACCUGAAGUUUAUGGGGAAACCUCAUUUGAAUUUAUAAUGCAAAUGAUUGAUCAAAUAUCCAUCACAGAAAAUGAUGUUUUCAUUGAUCUGGGAUCUGGUGUUGGUCAGGUUGUCUUACAAAUAGCUGCCUCAACUAAAGCCAAAAAAUGUAUUGGUAUCGAGAAAGCUGAAGUACCAACAAUUUAUGCCCAACAAUUGGAAAAAUCGUUCAAAUUUUGGAUGCGCUGGUAUGGUAAAGUAUCUGGCGAUUACGAGUUAGUAAGAGGUGACUUUUUCGAGGAUAAAUAUAGAGAAAUAAUUACCAACGCUUCGUUCAUUUUUGUGAAUAACUUUGCAUUUGGUCCAAAUGUGGAUCAUAUGUUAAAAUUACUCUUCGCUGAUCUCAAGGAUGGUGCUCGAAUAGUUUCAUCAAAAUCAUUUUGUCCAUCAAACUUUAGAAUAACCGAUCGUAAUUUAAGUGAUAUUGCAACUAUUUUACAUGUUCGGGAAAUCCAACCUAUCAAAGGUUCCGUUUCUUGGACUGGUAAGCCUGUGUCUUACUAUCAUCACAUUGUUGAUCGACGUAAAUUGGAAGACUAUUUUCUCAACAUGAGAGGCCCCAAAAAGCACCUGAAUCGAAAUCAAUCAAACAACAAUAGUAAUAAUAAUAGUAGUAAUAAUACCACCACAAAUAAUAAAGAUAAUGUUCAGAAUAUAAGUAACAAUAACAUCACCGCCAUAAAUAGUAAAGACGAUGAUGAAAUUGAUCGUGCAAUGAAAACUAAUUGCAGUGAUUCCAGUUCAUCUGAUGAUUCAAAUCAGAGUUUUAAAGAUUCCAAUCAUGUUGGCCCAACGACUCGUAAAGCCUGGUCAGAAUAUUGUAAUACAAAAUAUCGUGAAAAUUCAAACUCUUCAAGUGGUAAUACUCAACAGUCCAGCUCUAGUGAAACUGGUUACCAUUCUGCUUCUCAGGUUCCAAAUAAUAAUAGUACCAAUAAUAUUCCCAAUCGACCUGGAAGACCAAGGAAAUAUGGACCAGGAGUGGCUGCUGUCGUUCGUCGUGCAAAUAAAACCAAAGCCGAUAGCGAGGGACGUCGUCGACCUGGUAGACCGCGAAAAGAUGGUGUAAAGAGUAAAAAGAAUAAGAGAAUAACAUUUAACGGUUUGGAUUUACUUCAUGCUCAAACUGUUUUGAGUAUUUCAAAUUCUUCUGCUGUUAAAACGGGACCUGCGCCAGGAUGUAUUGAUCAGAAAUUAGAUACUGUAAAAAAGUCUAUGAUCCCGCCACAAUCUACUUCGUUAACUAAGACUCUUGGUCUUGGAUUUGGACAAUUUAACUCUUUUGAAAUCAAAAAUUCUGAUCUCAAACCAAAUCAGUUGCAAGAAGCAUCAAGUACAUUUCCAACGACAACAAUACCACCGAAUAAUGUUUAUACACCAAAAGAACAGCAAGAGCAAAGUAUGGCUGUUGUCACUGAUUUCGAGAUAGAAGAAAGUGAGAAUAAACCCUUAAAUGAUGUAAAUAGUCCAGAAUACAAACAUUUAAUGGAUAAUAUUUCAACUUCAUUGGAUAAUUUAUUCGAGGAGCAAAAACGUCAGUUUAUGAGUUUCAUUUUACUUAUGCAAACCCGUAAUUUCAAAACCGAUCUGCUUACCGAGAUCGAAGCAGAAAAGAGAAAACGCUCUCAUCAUUUAGCACAAGUAGAAAUCUUAGAACGAACUGUAAAUGGAUUACGAGAAAAAGGCGUUAACUUUUUAAAAUCUCGACUGAGUGAAUUAGAUAUAACUGCCGCUACUUCCGAAGAACUGGUAACUAAAGCCCGAGAAAUAAUCUGCCUUAAUAAAGAUCUCCAAGAACAGGUGAAUACUUGUCAAGAUCAAGUCAAGUACCUCGAGAAUUUAAAUUCAGCGUUAAAAAAGCAUAAAAGUUAUGAUAACCUGAUGCAUGUAAAUACCAUGAAAACUAAUCGCGGAAUUAUGGAUACAAAUUCACUUAAAGAAACUGCCAACCAGAAGGCAAACAUCACCACUGCCAUAGAAAAAAAUUAUUCAGAUACUUUUCUGGUUAAAGAUGUUCAUCAGCAAUCACAACACCAUAUUCAACACCCACCACCUCAACCAAAUUCACAUCAUAAGCAACCACAAGUCCCACCACCACCACCAUCAACACAACAUCCCCAUCACCAUCAACAACAACAACAACAACAAUCACUUCAACAACCAGUACAACCAAAUCGAGCUCAAUCUCAAGCAAAUGUUGGAUCAUGUCGAUUAAUCAACAUUGAGGAAAGAAUGAAAAAGAUGAUAGUUGCAGCAUUAAAUGAGAAUAAAGAUACAAAAAAGGAGAGUCGGAAAAGGUCAAAAUCGCUUAAUGACAACAAUAAGGCUGCUAAAAUUGCCAAUAGAUGUAAUGGAAUUUACGAUUUUGAUGAUGAUGAACCUCCAAAUGUAACACCAGAAACCGAUUACCCCAGUAGAUUGAAAGAUUCUUCUAAACUUGUUCAGAUGAAAGAUGUUUCUAUUACUCCCGUUCCUUCAACUGGACCAAGUCGAAAAGUAUCUGAACCCCGUUCCUCUAACAAAGCUUCCAAUUCCUCCAAUAAUCCACCAAGCGAAGAUAAAAAGCCUAUUUUACUAACAUUCAAAAUCGAUCGUCGUGAUAACAGUGCUAUUGUUACUUCACCAUCUAUUUCACCAGAAAAAUCCCCAUCAAAAGCAUCAAAAGACCUUGAUGUUAAUACAAAAAAGAAACAUUUUUCACCCGAAAGAGUGAAAAAAUCAAGAUCUCCGAAGUAUAGUUCAAUAGUACCCGAAACAAAUGGUUCUGAGAAGCGGCCAUCAUUAAUUAUUAAAUUUAAUCACUCAUCGAUCCACAUAAACAAUCACACUCACGAUAAAUUAGAUUCAACUGUUCACCAAUCUAAUUUAAAAAAUGACAAACCACUUGAUGUUUCGAGCAGAUUAACAUCAUCGGCAUUAACAUCAUCUUCACGUUAUCAUCAUCAUGAUCAAGGAGUUGGUGGUCAUAAAUGGCAAGCAACGAUCAGUAAUUCAUUUGAUAAAUUAGUAAAACUGGCCCAUCAGCUUGACCAAUCAACUUAAUCAUUAUCAACCAUGUUUCUCUUUUGUUGGAUUUGAUUAUUUUAAUCCUGUUUUUUUAUAAUAAUCUAAGCAUAAUUAUUAUCAUCAGCUGUUAAUCAUUUUAAUUGCAAAGGAUCAGAAACAAAUCUAAGGCAUAAAGAAUAAGAAGAAAGAGGAAAUUGAUGUUUUUCUCACUGCCAAUUAGUUUAAUUUUAUCUCUCAAGUUCAAUUAUUGACUAUUCUCUGUUUGUUUACUUGUUGAUGACACAAUUAACGAGAAAGAAAAAGUUUUAACAAAAAAUGUAAAUCGUGAAUAUCAAACAUGAUUAUUAUAACAAUUCGAGAGAUAGUUAACUAUUUAUUGUUUUAAAUUGAUGUAAAGGUAAAUUGUAAAAGCCAAACAUCUUCUUCCACCAAAACCAUCAAAUGUAUUAUUAUCAUCGUCUCUUAAAUUAAACACAAAAUAUCACAAUUAUUAUAUAAAUUA